AUGACUCAAAUGAAAGAGUUAUUAACCGAAUUUCCAGAUUCUAGCAAACUUAUUUCUAUCUCAAAGGAAAACAGAAAGCUUAUCUUCGCUCUUUUUGCAACUUUGGUACAUGUAGCUGCCGCAGUCGGCAUUGUUAUUGGAGUGAAUUCACAUAAAUCUUCCGACUCUCAGCCUGAUUUUGCAGUCCUCAAAACUUCAUGUGGCAGCACCAGAUUUCCUGAUUUAUGCUACUCAGCCAUCGCCAAUGUCCCUGAAGCCGCCCAGAAAGUGACCAGCCAAAAGGCUGUCAUUGAAUUGUCGCUUAACCUCACAGCCGUCGCCGUUGAGCACAGCUAUUUCACCAUCGAGAAGCUGAUUGCCACCGGGGAGCAGCUCACCAAGCGAGAGAAAUCUGCUCUCCAUGACUGUCUCGAGACCGUCGACGAGACUCUUGAUGAGUUGCACAAAGCCAUGGAGGAUCUCCAAGAGUACCCUAGUAAAAAAUCUCUAACAAAACAUGCUGAUGACCUCAAAACCCUGUUGAGCGCCGCCAUGACCAACCAAGAAACGUGCCUGGACGGGUUCUCUCACGAAGAUGCUGAUAAAAAAGUGAGGAACGCGCUGUUGGAGGGCGGGGUUCAUGUUGAGAAAAUGUGCAGUAAUGUGCUUGCCAUGAUCAAGAACAUGACUGACACUGAUAUUACAAAUGAGCAGAAGGCAAUUAGCAACAGGAAGCUGAAGGAGGAGGUAGUGGAUAAAAGUGGUUGGCCUUCGUGGUUGUCAGCCGGGGAUAGGAAGUUGUUGCAGUCAUCCAUGAUGACACCAAACGUGGUUGUGGCAGCUGACGGUAGUGGAAACUAUAAGACAGUGUCGGCAGCAGUGGCGGCUGCACCUGAGGGAAGCAGUAAGAGGUACAUUAUCAAAAUUAAGGCUGGUGUUUACAGGGAAAAUGUGGAGGUGCCAAAGAAGAAGAAAAAUAUUAUGUUCAUCGGAGAUGGAAGAAACAAUACAAUCAUUACUGCUAGUAGAAAUGUGGUUGAUGGAAGCACAACAUUCAACUCUGCUACAGUUGCUGUUUCUGGAGAAGGGUUCCUAGCCCGAGACAUAACCUUCCAAAAUACAGCCGGUCCCUCGAAGCAUCAAGCUGUUGCUCUCCGUGUGGGGGCUGAUCUCUCAGCAUUCUACCAAUGCGACAUUUUGGCAUAUCAAGACACACUCUAUGUCCACUCAAAUCGUCAAUUCUAUAUCAACUGUUUAGUAGCUGGCACUGUAGACUUCAUCUUCGGCAAUGCAGCCGCUGUAUUCCAAGACUGUGACAUACAUGCCCGAAAACCAAAUUCCGGCCAAAAAAAUAUGGUCACAGCUCAAGGAAGAACCGACCCUAACCAAAACACUGGCAUUGUCAUUCAUAAAAGUAGAAUUGGUGCUACUUCUGAAUUGCAACCUGUUAAGAGUAGUUUCCCAACUUAUCUUGGAAGACCAUGGAAGGAGUACUCAAGAACAGUGAUUAUGCAAUCAACAAUCAGCGAUGUGAUUCAGCCUGCUGGUUGGCAUGAGCGGGAUGGAAACUUUGCACUAAGCGCAUUGUAUUAUGGAGAGUAUCAGAACAGUGGCGCUGGAGCAGCGACUUCAAAGAGAGUUACAUGGAAGGGAUUUAAGGUGAUCACAAGUUCAUCAGAGGCACAAAAGUUCACUCCUGGUAGCUUUAUCGCUGGCGGUACUUGGUUAAGGGCAACUGGGUUUCCAUUUUCUGUUGGGCUAUGAAUUUUUUAACGUGUUGCUAGCUAGCUGAUAGUCGAUUCAUCUUUGUUGUUUUAGUAUAUGGGCGACUAUAUAAAUUGCGCGGCCACGGUUGUAAUUGUUGCUCAAAAUUUAAGAGCAUUGCAUUUGCAACCUCUUUUAAUAAGAGUA